CCUCAAGGUAGGUGCUGUCUGUACGUUAUGAUGUGUUACUGCAUUGAACAGAUGGUGAAUUAUCAUGCUUUUAAGUUCUAGUAUAUGUGUGGUGACUCCAGUUAUUGCAUAGAGCGGAUGGCGAGCGCACAUUAACACAGUACUACGUUGAGUGCCGUUGACACUCCUUUUUGCACAACUACGACCACAGCUGCGUAAGUACUUUGUGAUUUGUUAGACCCCGAUCUUAUUUGAGCAAGUUUGCGAAUCAGACUUACAAAUCUGAUAUAAAAACUAUGUAGUUGUAGAGGAACUGAUCAUUCUUCGACAGAUUAUUUUAGGUGGCGAGUGUUGGUAACAGACGCAGAAAAAGCGAGGCUAGCCAAGGGGGGGGGGAGAGGUGCGCAUACUCGUGCGCAUUCCCACAAACAGGAAACCGCGCGCCUUCAGUGAUUUAGUGUGGGGACCGACGUGUUGGGUGGAGAGCCAGCAGGAUAGAGCUCGUAUUGGUUUUUUUUCCUGUUCUGCGAUCACAAAACAGGGAAAUACAUAUAUACAAUUAUAUCAUCAACUCAUACUGACGUGCAAAGUGUUGACCUUUGGCGAGAAACAAAGUGACUUAAUUCCUUCGUUCAGGGAUAUCUUACAUCUCUGGAUAUAAGGGCGUGUUUGGCUCCCCAGUCCCUUUCAGCUCUUGCAUGUCCGCGCCGUAGCCUGCCUGCGUCUCCCGAUCCUUUACUUUCAAGCCGCCUAGAGCAUCCGUUUUAAGGAUGGGGUGCACCCUGAGCACGGAGGACAAGGCGGCGGUGGAGCGCAGCAAGAUGAUCGACAGGAACUUGCGGGACGACGGCGACAAAGCCGCCCGAGAAGUCAAGCUCUUACUUCUAGGUGCUGGUGAGUCAGGGAAGAGCACCAUUGUCAAGCAGAUGAAGAUCAUCCAUGAAGCAGGCUACUCGGAAGAGGAGUGUAAGCAGUACAAAGCUGUGGUCUACAGCAACACCAUCCAGUCCAUCGUGGCCAUUAUCCGAGCUAUGGGUCGCCUCAAGAUCGACUUUGGGGAUCCAGCCCGGGUGGAUGACGCCGGGCAGCUCUUCGUGCUGGCGGGUUCAGCGGAGGAGGGUUUCAUGACUGCCGAGUUGGCAGGAGUCAUCCGACGUCUCUGGAGGGAUGGCGGGGUCCAGGCCUGCUUUAGCCACUCGCGGGAAUAUCAGCUAAAUGACUCCGCUGCAUAUUACCUGAACGACUUGGACAGGAUAUCCCAGAAUGCCUAUAUUCCUACUCAGCAGGAUGUGCUGCGGACCCGGGUAAAGACCACAGGCAUCGUGGAAACACACUUCACCUUCAAAGACCUCCACUUCAAAAUGUUCGACGUGGGGGGUCAGAGGUCAGAGAGGAAAAAGUGGAUCCAUUGUUUCGAGGGUGUGACGGCCAUCAUCUUCUGUGUAGCGCUAAGUGACUAUGACCUGGUCCUGGCUGAGGAUGAGGAGAUGAACCGGAUGCACGAAAGCAUGAAGCUGUUUGACAGCAUCUGCAACAACAAGUGGUUCACAGACACCUCCAUCAUCUUGUUCCUCAACAAGAAGGACCUGUUUGAGGAGAAGAUCAAAAAGAGUCCAUUGACCAUCUGUUAUCCAGAGUAUGCAGGCUCCAACACGUAUGAGGGAGCCGCCGCCUACAUCCAGUGCCAGUUUGAAGACCUGAACAAGAAGAAAGACACCAAGGAGAUCUACACCCACUUCACCUGCGCCACCGACACCAAGAACGUGCAGUUCGUCUUCGACGCCGUCACCGACGUCAUCAUGAAGAACAACCUGACGGACUGCGGCCUGUUCCUCUGACGGAGGCAUCGCACAGAUUACGGCUGCAUUUCAGUCAGCUUGCGCUCGGGUCGCGGCAAAUAUGCUGCGGUCUGGUGGCUGAUUGUACAUCCUUACGGAGCGCGUGUAUCUUUUCACCAUCGUAAGCAUGUUAAAAAUCGAUCAGUACUUUAAUACAUCUGAAAAAAAUUCCAUGUCACUCACUGUCAAAUAUUAAUUUUUUUUCUGAUGUACUCAUUAUAUUCAUAUUCUUCAUUUAAAAGCUGUUUCUUUGUUGUGGACUGAAGAAGCAGAAGUUACCGUGUGUGUAGCUGACAUCCUCUCUGUGGCUGGCUUCUGCGAGGUCACCGCUGCAUUGAAGUUGGGUUUGUUUUCAUGCGGGGGCAGAUGAGGAGGAUUCCAUGGGUGUUUCUCAAUACCGAAAAAGCAAAGAUUGCACUUGUGGUCUUGGAAAGACUGGUCUUGGUAACUUGCCUCCCAAGAACGAACAUGGGGUACAAUGAAUCAUGGGAUCGGUCUUGUUUGGCGAGGAUGCAACUGAUGUAUCCUUGAUAUUUGGGACGGAACAAGAACAACAUCUGGCAAUUCUUACCAUCCUCUGUACUUCUGUUCUUGAGUAUUGGAACUGGUCUUUGGGCAAUUGAAGAUGAUGUAAAACGGGUACACAAGAACACAAGUACGGUCAAAUAUGCAAAUUGAAAGGGGGAAAGACAAAUGAGGUGAAACCCACCAAUCACAGGCCAGCACUGUAUUCUUUGUCAGUCUUAAUGACUUUGUUUCAGUCUGGGUCGGUUUUAACGUGUGUAAGAUGUUUGUGUAAAUCUUGUAGCCACCCCCGCCCCCCCAUAAACGUGUUUCUUUUGUAUUUUAAUUAAGUUCUUUUUGUCUUGUAAACUGGUAGCUUGGCUUUGGUGGAAAUGCCAUUUCUCCCGCACAGGGAAAAUGGACUUAUUGUGGACCAAGUGGAUGGGUAUUUGUGCCUUUUCAUGUGUGAUUCCCCCAUUUUUCAGUAUUUGUUACUGCCAGUUCGAUCGUUACAGAGUGAAAUCAUGAUGGUUUUAUUUUUAAUGUACCUUCUCUCACCGGCGUGCUUACUCUUCCCGGUCUUUCAUGUUAGGGGAAGUGACCCGUGGACGCUGUCGACCACGGCUAGCCGUAUAACAGCCUUGGGCCUGAGUGUGUCAGAGUGACAGGACGAGCUGUUUUCAGUAACCUUUUUAAAAUAACGCCAGGUCAGCAGCGUGGUUUGAAAGUGUAACUGAAACUGUCAUGAUUUAAUUUGUCAGAGAAAUGUUUUGAAAGGUACGUGUAUAGGGAUAUCUGCCUUAGUACUGUGCAGUACACAGUUCAAAAUCCAAAACUGUGCAGUACACAGUUCAAAACCUAACACCUGAAAGUGUUUUUGGGUGGGAGUAGGGGUUGGACAGGGUCUGGGGAGAGAAUAAUGGUUGAUCUGUUACACUAGACAAACUGACAUAAUUGUCUGUAGCUAUGUUCUCUAUGGUAGGACAACAUUUUCCUUAUUUUGCUAAUAAAACCUGUUAAUAAUCCAUU